AUGCCUCUUGCGCCUACCGACGCCCCUGUCUGGGACAUCGACCUUUUCGAUAACCCGGCGUCAACAAUGGCAACACUGAAGGCUUCAGGAAAGAUUGUCGUCUGCUACUUUAGUGCCGGUACCGCGGAAGACUGGAGAGACGACUACAGGGACUUUGCAGCCGCAGACUUGGGCAAGGUCCUGCCUGAAUGGCCGAACGAGAAAUGGAUACGUACAGGGUCGCAAUCGAUCCGCAAUAUCAUGGCCAAGCGUAUCAAGCUGGCAGCGGACAAAGGUUGCGAUGCCAUCGAUCCAGAUAACACAGGUCAAAACGACAAUGGCCUGAAGCUCACCAGCUCGGACGCAAUCAACUACAUGCUCUGGAUGCAAGCUGAAGCCAAAAAAUACAACAUGAAGAUCGGCCUAAAAAACAGCCUGGACAUCGUCAGCAGCCUUGCUUCGACAGUAGACUUUGCAGUCAACGAGCAAUGUGCAGCUCUUGGAGAGUGUAGAGCAUACGAACAGUUCCUCGCGCUGAACAAACCGGUCUUUCACAUCGAAUACCCCACACCUCUAAACGCACAGGCGGCAAAGGGCGUCUCAUGCACAAGUGUCGGCGUGAAUGGCACCAGCACAAUCUUGAAGAACUUGCAAUUGGAUGGCGAUACGCACCCGCCCACCGAGGCCUUCGAAACCACCAACGAUGCCUAUACCGAGCUCUUCUCGUCCUGCGACACCUCCCAGACCAUCGACCACGAUACGACCUUCUCUGCCGCCGCCGAACCGUCCCUCGUCAACGCAAAGACCGCCUACGAGUACACCGGGUGGUGGAAAUGGUGGGUGUAG